AUGAAUGACUAAAAUAGGUAGAAAAAUAACUUAGCAACAAUUUUAGCUCAAGUUAAGGGUGUGAAUGAAAAAAUGUACAUUUAAAUAAUUGAGAUCUUAAAAAAAGUGAAUGUUUAAGACUGGAUUCAAUUUCUUACAGCUAAUGAAAAUCAAAGACUUUUUGAAGAGUACAUUUAACAAAGAGAGAAUUUAACAAAAGAAGAAAUAGAAUAGAACUUAUGUUUAGUUAGAAAAAACAUCAAAAAAGUUAUUAAUGUCAUUCUAAAAAUUAAAGAUCAUGACUUUAAUAAAUAAGAUUAUUCUAAUAAAAGAUAUUAGGAAUAGAGACAGGAUCUAAUUAAAAUAAUAGAAAAUUAGCAUUAUAUCAAAGAGUUUUUAAAAUUUUUAGUUCGCUUAACAUCAAUAGAUAAUAAGUUUAUUUUAUGUGGGUCAAAUGCAUUAAAUUUAUUAACUUAAAUAAAGGUGGACCUAAGAAAUUAAAAUUAUGAAAAUAUCAAAAUUUAGAAUACUUCCUUAGUGGGAGCUAAUUUUUUUGGAUGUAAUUUAAGUGGAUCGUAAUUUUAGAAUGUAGAUAUAAAUGGUAUGAAUUUGAAUGGAGCGCUGUUAUUUAAUUGUAAAUGGACCAAUUUAAAAAUACAAGAGCUUAAUAAAUUUGAUGGUCAUCGUAGUUAUGUCAACUCAGUCUGUUUCUCUCCUGAUGGUUGUACAUUAGCAUCUGGUAGUUAAGAUAAAUCAAUUCGUUUAUGGAAUGUUAAGACCGGAUAGUAAAUGGCCAAGUUGGAUGGUCAUACUUAUGAAGUUUGUUCAGUAUGCUUCUCUCCUGAUGGUUUUACAUUAGUAUCUGGUAGUUAGGAUUGGACUAUCCGUUUAUGGGAUGUUAAGACAAGAAAAAAAAAAGCAAAGUUUUAUGGUCAUUCUAAUAAUGUCUUCUCAGUAUGCUUCUCUCCUGAUGGUACUACAAUAGCAUCUGGUAGUGAUGAUGAGUCUAUCUGUUUAUGGAAUGCUAAAACAGGAGUAUAAAAAACCAAAUUGCCUCGGUAUGGAAAAAAUCCUAGCUCAGUAUGCUUCUCUCCUGAUGGUACUCUAUUAGCAUUUGGCAACGGUUAUAACUCAAUUCAUUUAUGGGAUAUAGAAAAAAGAACAACAAUUAUUAUAUCUGAUCAUAGUGAUACUAUUCACUAAAUAAGCUUCUCUCCUGAUGGUACUACAUUAGCAUUUGGUAGUGAUGAUAAGUCUAUUCGGUUAUGGGAUGUUAAGACAGGUAAAGCAAAGCAUUAUUUGUAUGGUCAUAGUGAUUCUGUUGUAUCGGUUUGUUUCUCUCCUGAUGGUUGUACAUUAGCAUCUGGUAGUUUUGAUAAAUCAAUUCGUUUAUGGGAUGUUGAGACAGGAAAGUAAAAGGCCAAAUUGGAUGGUCAUACUAAUAAUGUCAUUUCAGUAUGCUUCUCUCCUGAUGGUUGUACAUUAGCAUCUGGUGGUAAAGAUAACUCUAUUCGUCUAUGGGAUGCUAAGGCAGAAUAAGUAAUGACCUAAGGGGAUUUUCAUGAUGAUUCUGUUGUAUCAGUGUGUUUCUCUCCUGAUGGUUGUACAUUAGCAUCUGGUAGUUUUGAUAAAUCAAUUCGCUUAUGGGAUGUUUAGACUGGAAAGUAAAAGGCCAAAUUGGAGGGUCAUAUUAAUAAAGUCUGUUCAGUAUGCUUCUCUUCUGAUGGUCGUACAUUAGCAUCUGGUAGUUAGGAUGGGUCUAUCCGUUUAUGGGAAGUUAAGACAGGAACAUAAAAGAACCUGUUUGAAAGUCAUACUAAUUAUGUCCACUCAGUCUGUUUCUCUCCAGAUGGAUAUACAUUAGCUUCUAUUAGUAAUGAUAACUUGAUCCUUUUAUGGAAUGUUAAGAAAAAAAAUUAAAAGCGUUCAUUGAUAGGUAGUGGAACUGUCUACUCAUUAUGCUUCUCUCCUGAUGGAACUAAAUUAGCAUCUGGUAUUGAUACCUAUUUAUGUUUAUGGAAUAUUAGGAAAAGAUAGGUAGAGCGCUAAUUAAAAGGGCAUCGUAAUGAUGUUCUAUCAGUAUGCUACUCUUCAAAAGGUAAUAUAUUAGCAUCUGGUAGUGGAAAUCUUUAUUCAGGGAAAGGAGAUUAUAUUAUCAUUUUAUGGAACGCUCAGACAGAAUAAAUUAUAAACUAAUUGAUAGGUCAUAGUAGUAAUAUCAACUCAGUGUGUUUCUCUCCUGAUGGUUGUACAUUAGCAUCUGGUAGUUUUGAUAAAUCAAUUCGUUUAUGGGAUGUUGAGACAGGAAAGUAAAAGGCCAAAUUGGAUGGUCAUACUAAUCGUGUAUUUUCAGUAUGCUUCUCUCCUGAUGGUUGUAAAUUAGCAUCUGGUAGUGGAGAUAACUCUAUCCGUCUAUGGGAUGUUAAGGUAGGAAAAGAAAUUGAAACCACAAAUACUAUUUAAAAAGAUGAUUUGAUAUAAUUUACGGCUGAAAACAAUUCUCUACCAGGUAUUAAUUGUAUAUUUUUUUUUAGAAAUGACCAAUCUAAGUUAUUUAUUAAUAUCCAAAUAAGCAAUUUUUUAAGCAUAGAGAGCAUUAAUUUUGAAAAGUGAAUUUAAAAAUUAAUCAGGGAUUAAUUUAGUGACAUUAUUUAGACAAAAAGGCAGCUGUAUUUUGGAAAGCUAAUUACAUUCAAAGUAAAAAUGA